AUGGGUAACGAUGAAAAACAAUUAAAAGCAUGCCUAACAAGUAUUGUUAAGUUAGUUGAAGAAUGUCUAGAAAAAUUCAACUCACUAAAUGGGCAACGGCAACCUCAAUCAAGAACUGAUAUUGUAUAUGAUAGUGUUGCAAAAGGUUCUCAAUUAAAUAACAACAUCUAUACAUUCACAUUCAACAACGAAGAGAAUGAACUUUUACAAACGUUAACCACAAAUAUCGAAGUUAAAUUGGAUGAAUAUUUUGAACAGUUAUCAAAAUUAUGUUUAAAUUAUCUACUAGAUUUUCUUUAUAUAUAUCAUUAUGAUCGGAAACAACGAAAAUUUCUUUCGCCAUUAAGCGUGGGUGUGUUGGAUUCAUUAAGUCUUGAAUUAAAAGGUUUGUUUGCAUCGUGUGAAGCAUAUCCGGCUGCAUAUAAUGGUCAAUUGGAUGUAGUAAAAAAAUUCACUAAAGACUACCCAACAUUUAAAGAUAAACCGGGAUUAUGGGAAACAACACUAUUAUAUUCAGCUGCACGAAAUAAUCACUUAGAUAUUGUGAAAUACUUGAUUGAAGAAGCAUACUGUUCUGUUAAUGCUCAAAAUCUGCGUGAUGUUGAUUUUGCAUUAGAUGCGACUGUGACAACUUACGCGCCACGGCCAACAGCAGGUUCAACCGCCCUUCAUGGAGCUUGUUUUAACAAUCAUUUGAAUAUUGUACAAUAUUUAGUUGAGCAUGGUGCUGAUUAUUUCAUUCAAAACCAGGCGAUAGAAACUCCAAUAAGUAAUGGAACAAAUCAUGCUGAUAUCAAAAAGUUUUUUCAAGAUUACUUGAUCAUGGGUUAUUCUGCAGCAAGUUCAGAACAUCUACCAUGCCAAUCUAUCAUGAAUGAUGAUCGACGACCAAUCAUAGAUUCUAUGUGGGAAUAUAAACCAUUUCAAGACCCGAAAUGGUAUAAAUUUACACUAACCGAAGCGACACUAUUACACAAGACUUUAUUACCAUCAGAAGAGUUUCAAAAGCAAAUUUAUUUAAAAGUAGCCAAAGGUCUAUAUAGCGUAUCGAUAACUGAAUUUUUGCGAUCAGGAAAUUAUGGACAAGACCCACAGAAAAAUAUGGCAUGGAUUCGUUGUCGAGGCUCUAGUGUUUUAAAUUUUGAUUGUUAUUCUAUUUGGCAAAUCAUGUUAAUUCAACAUAAACAAGUAGACAAACAUAAAGAUAACACUGCAUCAUUGAAAAUACAACAGUUUCCAGUCGUAUUUAACAGUGCUUUUAAGCUUCAAUUAAAUGCAUGGUAUAAUUGUGAUGAUAAAACAAGUUCAUUGUUCGAUGAUGCCAUGGAUUAUCGACGCAAAAUGAUUUCCAUUGAUAUACCUCACGUUGGUAAUAAGUUGACAAUCAAUUUAAAGUCAUUUGAAUUUUCAGAUAAUGAAAAGACAAUUUUUGGCUGUAUUCGAUGGAUUCCAAAACUUGUAUCAAAAACGGAACACCCUGACCAAAAACUUGUAUAUGUUGAUAAUUUUCAACCGGUAGCAAGCAUAGAACCCAUUCCUUUAACAACAAAACGUUUGAAAGAAGCUUUACAAAUGAAAAACAUUGUUCAACAAGAAAUGAAUGACAAAGAAAAUCAAGAUGAUGAAGACGAGAGUGGUUUAGUAAUAGGGUCGGUUUUUGAAACAAGAAAUAGGAAUGAAGCUGACAAUGAUAUUGAUGAUGAUGAUGAUGAUGAUGAUGUUGUAGAGAAUUCAGAUUUAAAUAAUCGACUUCCGCUCAGAAACAAUGGUACUUGGAGUGUUCUUGAUCUCAACGACGAUAUUUUGGCUGUGAAUCCUACUUUUCAUUUAGUGACUGCUCCUACUACGAUUGGAAUUAUUCGUGAAAAUUCAAAUAUUUCUUUACAGAAAUUUGUUGACGAAACAAGUAACCAAAUCAGACGUUCUGGCAUACUUGACAGAGUGAACGCUCUUUUAAGAGAUCAAAAAGUUGCUGAACUUACUUUGCGAUUAGAAGCAGAAAUGAAAGAGUUGAACGUUGAAAUUGAAAAAGAGAAAUCAAAAAAUAAUAAUAAACUAUUGGAAGAACUUCAACAAGAAUUACUCCAUAAGAAAAUUCAGGGAGAAAAAUUAAAAACUUCAGCUCAUAAAAUUAUAGCGAUGGAUUAUGAUAAUAUUCAAUCAAUCAUUGCCAAUACCUUUCUAUUCAGCAAAUCCCAGUCUAUUAUAGAUCAUCUUAAGGCUAAACAGCCAAUGGACAGUUCUAUCCUCGGAAUACCUAGUAUCGCUAUCAGAGAAAACAAUGAUCUUUAUUGUAUAUCAGUAACGGGAACUCAACUACAUCAUGAUGAAUUCAAAAAUGUUCUACAACGAAUACACGAUUUAUGUGACGCUACUAGAUCAGCUAGGGUUUAUUAUCAACAACAAUUAAAUUCAAAAUUAGAAAGUAUCAAUAAUCUAAUGGCACAAGUAAUUCGUCCUUUACCAAGUUGGAAAUAUUACACCAAGUGUUUUCAACAAUUAGCUAGCAGCAAAAUUGAGGAUUUCGUUAGACUAUAUGAUGAUUACAUAUUACAAAAAUCGAAACUUAUGGUAGAAGAAUGCAUUACAGAUGCGAGUUUUUCCGCAAUCACACAAUUAGGAAAAUUAACUGAUAUGUAUACGAAAAAAAAACAAUUUCUACCUGAAUUAGAAAUAUUAAAAGGUGAAACUCUAGAUGAAUACAUCAAGGAACAUAUUUCAUUACAACAAUUAAAAUUUGAAAAGAAGCCAUCAAAACAAUCUCUUGAAAUUAUGAAUCAUUUUAUUAAUAAAAUAAGAACAGAAUUUAAGACAAAGCCAACCUACGUGGGAUUUACAUUAGAACAAUUUAAGGAAAUUCAGAAAUUAUUACAAAGAACCAUGUUGUAUUAUCGAUGUUUCCUUCUACAACUCCCUCUGUAUGAGUCAUCAAAAGAAUUCUUAGAGAAAACUGAACAAGCCACAGUCAUUACAAUAGCUACACCAAAUGGAUCUGGUAAAUCGACAUUACUACCAGCCUUGCUGAUUGCUAACGGUUACGAUAAAGCUAUUGUUACUCAGCCUCGUCGAUUACUUUGUGCGAGAAUGUGUAGACGUGUAAAUGAAACUAUGGCAACCAAUAGAGAUGAAUCGAAACUUGCUGGGUGGGUCGUUGAUGGCGCUGAGCAGUAUACCAAUAGUCGAAUACUUUAUUUAACAGAUAGUUUAUUAAAAGAACGGUUAUUAAAUGAUGAACACUUGAUUACAAAUAUAAUCAAUAGCAGUAAGCCUAUUGUAUUUUUUCUUGACGAAGUUCAUGAAAGAUCAGUUGACAUCGAUCUCUGUCUGGCAUUAUUUGCUCGUCUUCUAACAGAAAAACCUGAAAUAAGAUCUAAACUCAAAAUUAUUAUUUCAUCAGCAACAUUAGACUCAACUGUACCGAAAUUGUUUCGUCAAAUACCUCAGUUAAAAGUCGAUGAAUUUGUUAUGCCGAUGUUAGGAACAUUGUAUCCUGUAACUAAAUGUGAACGAACCAAUGAAAAUAUAUUAGAUUUAGUACAAGAAUUAGGUAAAAAAAGACAACGAUAUGAUCAAAUAUUAUGCUUUGUGAGUAGUGUGUCAGAAGUAAAUCAAUGUUGUCGUCUUUUAGAAGAAAUUAGCCAUGGAACUAUUAGUGCUUUCCCAUUGAUUCAAUCGCAAUCGGCAACUAAUCAACAAAGAAAUAUUGAAAAAGGAAGUAUAUUUUUUUCCACAACUGUUGCUGAAACAUCUCUUACAUUUCCAUCAUUGAAAUAUGUUAUUGAUACAGGCAAGAUUAAUAUUCCUGUUUAUGAUUCUACCAAAAAACAAACAACUUUAAUGGAACUUCGAGCAGCUGAGUCAACAAUUAAACAGCGUCUAGGUCGACUUGGACGAACAAAACCAGGCGAAUAUUAUUCAUUAUAUGAUUUUAAAGUUGAAGAGCAAAAAUAUCCAAAACCACAAAUAUGUCAAUCAGAUUUGGUUAAUACCGAAUUUUCAUUAAGAAAAUCUUUAAUAAAAAAUGGACUUGACUAUUUGAAACAAUACUUACCCGAUGCACCAACUUCACAAGCAAUCACUUCAGCAGUAGAAGAAUUAAGAAGACUAAGCAAGUCUUAG